UCGGCGGCGGACUUGGCGGAAUCAGUGAAGAAGACGGAAAGAACAAUAUCACAAAUGUUGAUACACCUUUGUAGCUAAAAACAAAGCCGCUGUUAGUCGUAAGGACAGUUUACAUCCCAGAUAUAGAGUUGUGUGAAUUGUAAAUCUCCGUUGUGAGCUUAUUCACUUGUGUGUGCUAGCUAGUAAGUAGCAUUAACUAGUCAGGCCUGAGAACCUCGCGCGGGUCGCUGCCGUAGUGCUACUUGGCUUAGCUUAGCUUAGCUUUGCUUAGCUUAGUUUGGCUUUGUCGGACUGCUGCUGUUGUGAUAUGACCAUACUUCUAUCUCACUGAAGCAUAUAAACCACAGCAGCUAUGGAGGUACGUCAAGUGGAGAUCACAUCUCACCUUAAUGAGUUUGAAGAGAAAUUUGAAAGAACGCUAAAAAAAAGGAAACGAGAAGAAGAUGAUGUAGGAAACACAUCUGAAUCCUCACAUGUGUCUGUUCACUCCACAAAUGAAAUGACAUCCAGAGCACCAAAACAAGCAGUAGUGGUUUUAAAUAAACUCCCUACAUGUAAGAUCAGUGCUCUACGACCGCCAACUCCUGAGCAGUUCUACAGUGAGGCCGAAUCCCAGAGCAGCUCUGAUUCAGACCUCCAUCAAGAACCAGGAGAAAAUUCCAGUGAUUCGGAUGUGUCACACACAAAAACUAGACAGAAAUCAAAAAAAUGUGCGAAGACAAGCUCUACUAAUAACAACUCAGAGCUAGACCCAGCCCCUGUGAUCAUAACAUCGUCUCUUGCCACCUACUCAAAUGAGAUCACUAGGACUAGUGCUGAGGUGCCUCAGCAGGAAAUCAGCAUGGACAUGACGGUUCUGGCCAGGAAGAAGUGUAUGCGGUGGCAAAGAGGAAAAAUAGUGGAGAUAAUAAGAAGAGAAGAUGGACGUCUGAAGUACAAGGUCUGUUUUGAAGAAAAAGGAAAAAGCCUUGUGUCUGGUCACCACGUCGCCUUCGACACCACACCAAAGUUGGAGCAGCUGUUCAUCGGUGCACGGAUGGUGGUCCGGUGUCAAGUCAACAAGUUCAGGUUCUUACCCGGCAUUUUGGCAGAGCUGCCCAGCAGAAACAACCGCUUACGCUUCUUGGUUUUUAUUGAUGACCACACGCCGGUCUAUGUCGGAUUACCUUUAAUUCAUCUUAUCUGCAGACCAUUGGAAAAUCCACUGGAUGACCUUCCCGACACCCCUCACAAGAGUUUCAUGGCUCAGUACUUGAAGGACUGGCCGUACCCUCAUUUAACCCAGUACAGACCUGGACAGAACCUUUCUGUAGAAUUAAAUGGAAAGCAGCACCCGUGUGAGGUGGUGCAGGUGGACUGCAGCUUGAUCCAGGUCUCUUUUCAGCAUAACCAACAAAAGGAGUGGAUCCAUAGAGGCUCGACGCGACUGGAACACAUGGCGAGGUUUUUGGAGAUGAAGGCGAUGGAAUAACCAAACAAUUAAAAUCUUACUGUCAAGUGAUGCAAAACUCGACCAACGACAACCAUUUCAUUCAAGUUAAUUCAUAUGAGACGUCUACGUUAAAACUGCAGGAACUGAAAUUGGGGGAAAAACACAGGAAUAUGAAAAUAUACUUUUUGCAGUUCUCUCCUGUCAAUCCAAAUCCUUACUAAAUAUAAAAAACAGAACCUAACUUUGUUCUGUUUUGAAAUGUGGAGUGAAUUAGAAUCUCAUCCAGAUCACAUUUUACUGAAUCUGAUGAGUGAUUGGAAGUUACAGCUGUCAAUCACGUAUUUCAGAGAUUAGACGAAGUCAGAUACCGCUUAAUUCUAACAAACAGGAAAUAAAAAGGGAGAUUUCAAACCUGAGUUCUACACUUCACUGAUGCAAGUGUCCUGACUGAGCUGAUUUUCUAUUGAUAUUGAAAAGUCAAGUGCAUUUUCCUGUUUAUCCUGUCUGGCCAGUGUGAGUGUACAUGUUUUUUUUUUUUUUCUCCAACAGUUAGUAGAACAAAUUCCUUAACAUGCAGUUCAGUGUCAUACGUAUUGUACAAUUCAUUUUGGAUACUCGUAUGUACACAGGUUCUUUUAGCAUCCGCUUUGGCUUUUGUUAUUUUGUCCUUCCUUGUAUAUCAUUGAAUGUUCACCCUUUUUUUUUUGUAAAGAAUAAAAAGUAUCUGAAGUACAAGUAUAUCCAAGCAGCAUAACGAAUUGAGAAGCCUGGGAACCUGCAAAAAUUGCUCUUUUAACAUUUUUUUUCUGAUUAAUCAGCUAAUGUUCUACACUUUUCCAUUUCAUGAAUCAAUAUGAUCUUUGCAAAAAUAAAUUUAGAGCAAAAA